AUGUGUAGGCGAGUGGAAAGACUGAAAAGCUGUAUGUGGAAAAGCCAAAAAUGGCACAUGUAUUGGUGUACGGCGCAUCCCGGAGUUCUGUAUCUAUGGCCACUUCAUAAGCCAACCACUUCGGCAAACCGAAGAAAAGUUGCACUUACCCCAAAUGCAACUGUAAACUCAAUCAUAUUCGAAGAGGACAGGUUUACAUGGAAUUUAAGAUGUGCUAGUGGGAAAGAAUUUCUAUUUGCACAUUUUGAUGAGCUACAACAAGCUUCUUGGAUCUCGGAAAUGCAAUUAGCAAUAAAAUACCCGACAAGAGAUGAACUUUUCGAAUACGAUAAGAAAAGAGCGUUGGAAAAUGACUGCUCCUAUUCAGCAGAGCGGAGUUUGACAUGGAGGUUGGCUCUGGAAAGUGAGAAUUUGAGGCUAACUAAGCUACUCGAUGAGGAACGAAAAGCUCUGCACGAUGAAGAAAUUGUUCGGACUCUCGCAACAAGGAUGUUUGAUGAAGAACGUGAGAAGCGCGAAAAACUGGAGCGAAAGCUGAGCGAUAUUGAACAUAAUUUGAAGAAAAAUCGAAGCCUUGGAAAUGGUAUUGAUGAUAAGUCAGUUUUAUGA